CUCUCCAUGGCAGUGGGUGGAGUCAACCACUCUAUGGUGUCUGAAUUUGUGUUCUUAGGACUCUCUAACACAUGGGAAAUCCAGUUGCUCCUUUUCCUUUUUUCCUCAGUGUUAUACAUGGCCAGUCUGAUGGGAAACCUCCUCAUUGUGUUCUCUGUGACCUCUGACUCCAACCUACACUCCCCCAUGUACUUCUUGCUGGCCAAUCUCUCAUUUCUUGACCUGGGAGUUUGCUCUGUUGCAGCCCCCAAGAUGAUUUAUGACCUAUUUAGAAAACACAAAUCUAUAUCUUUUGGGGGUUGUAUAACCCAAAUCUUCUUUAUUCAUGCUAUUGGAGGCACAGAAAUGGUAUUGCUCAUAGCCAUGGCCUUUGACAGAUAUGUAGCUAUAUGUAAGCCUCUUCACUACUUGACCAUCAUGAGCCCACAAACAUGUAUUUUAAUUUCAACUACAUCCUGGAUCCUUGGCCUCAUCCACUCAGUAGCCCAAUUGGCUUUUGUUGUAGACUUGCCCUUCUGUGGACCUAAUGUACUGGACAGCUUUUACUGUGAUCUCCCUCAGCUCAUUAAGCUGGCCUGCACAGAGACAAAUAGAUUAGAAUUCAUGGUCACAGCCAACAGUGGACUCAUCUCUGUGGGCUCCUUCUUUAUUCUGAUCAUUUCUUACAUCUUCAUCCUGGCCACUGUUCGGAAACACUCUUCAAGUGGUAUGUCCAAGGCACUCUCUACUUUGUCAGCUCAUGUAACUGUGGUGGUUUUAUUCUUUGGGCCGUUAAUCUUCUUCUACACCUGGCCCUUCCCUUCAUCACACUUGGACAAAUUUCUUGCUAUCUUUGAUGCAGUUCUCACUCCCUUUCUCAAUCCAGUCAUCUAUACAUUCAGGAACAAGGAGAUGAAAGCAGCAAUGAGGAAACUUUGUUACCAGCUUGUGAGUUAUAGAAAAGUAUCCAAAGUACUUUAA